UCUGGCAAAAAAUGUAUGGUGGAAUUUUCUCAAAUAAAAACAAGAAUUCUAAAUCAAAAUUAAACAAAGGAGAUUUUGUCCGAAUGAGUGUUGGAAAAGGAACGUUUGAUAAGGGAUAUUUACCGAAUUGGAGCGACGAAAUACUAGAAGUGGAUAAGGUUAAAGAUCAAUCUACUCCACUACUAUACAAACUUAAGGACGAUAAAGGAGAGAAAUUUAAAGGGUCUUUUUACAGCCAUGAACUAUCUAAAGUGCGCAAAGACAAGGAGACAGAGUAUAGAAUAGAAAAAGUGUACAGAAAAAGAAAAAGAGCAGAUGGAGCAAAAGAACUACUUGUUAAGUUUAUAGGAUAUCCAGAUAGGGAAUGGAUUUCUGAGUCGCAGCUAGUAUAA